GUUUCAACGAAUUGCUUCCAAGUCCAAUACAGAUAUCAAAAGUCAUUGUUAUACAAUUCCUCACGUUGAUAAUAAAACCCCGGCAGAUAUCUUGCAACAUAUAUCAGCUGCGCAACAUGGCAACCAAUAUCCACUUCCACCCAUCACCACUCACACCCAGUAUCCGGUCUGGACUCCGCAAACAAACGGGUCUCACCAUCUGGCUCACAGGCCUAUCCGCCAGCGGCAAAUCAACCAUCGCCGUUGCCCUGGAACAAGCACUUCUCCGCAAACCAUACAACAAAGCCGCCUACCGACUCGAUGGCGACAACAUCCGCUUCGGAUUGAACAAAGACCUCGGCUUCUCGCCCAAGGAUCGCGAAGAGAACAUCCGUCGCAUUGCCGAAGUCGCAAAAUUAUUCGCCGAUUCCGCCACCAUUGCCGUCACGAGCUUCAUCAGCCCGUACCGGGCAGAUCGGGAUCUCGCUCGUCAAUUGCACGAGGCUGCCCGUCCGGACGGUGAGGCUGGUGUUCCAUUUGUGGAAGUCUGGGUUGAUGUUCCCGUGGAGGUUGCGGAGCAGAGAGACCCCAAGGGUUUGUAUAAGAAAGCGAGGGAGGGGAAGAUUCCAGAGUUUACCGGUAUCAGUGCCCCGUAUGAGGAGCCGUUGAAGCCGGAGAUUCAUAUUCAAAGUGAUAAGACUUCGGUGGAGGAUGCGGUUAAGAUUAUUGUCAAGUAUCUCGAGGAUAAGGGGUAUUUGGCCACUCCUCCGGAGGUCAGUGAUGAUGAGUAAAAGCGGGAAGCUGGGAUUGAAGAGAUGAGAUAGAUCAUUGCAUGGUGUGGUAUGAUUUUCAUUUCAUGUAAAGGGCAAUAGAUAAAAUUGUAUGUACUGAUAUCUACAUGAACAAUACAACGACGACAUAACAUCUCACUAUUUGGACGUCGUCUU